GCGGCGGCCGCGCUGCCCCGGGGGGCUCUGCUGCCCCACGGCGAGGCCCGCGGCGACGCGCGCCUGCGACCCGGCGACGACGAGAGCUCGGCGGCCGUGACCCUGCGCCGCGAGCUGCCCUUCUACGGCCGCGCCGCCCGCCGCCUCUACGUGGGCACCAACGGGGUCAUCUCCACGCAAGAUUUCCCCAGAGAGACGCAAUACGUGGACGACGAUUUCCCCACGGACUUCCCGGCCAUCGCUCCCUUCCUGGCCGACCUGGACACCACGGGCGGCAGAGGGAACAUCUACUACCGGCAGGACGACUCUUUGGACGUGCUGCACCGGGCGGCCGGCUACAUCCGCGCCGGCUUCCCCGAGGCCGCCGCGUCCUUCGCGCCCACCAACGCCUUCCUCGCCACCUGGGAGGACGUGGGCGCCUACGAGGAGCUCCCACCAGGCACAGAGCCCUCCAAGAAGCUCAACACGUUCCAGGCCRUGGUGGCCUACGACGCAGCGGACGCCUACGCCAUCUUCCUCUACCCCGACGACGGCCUCCAGUUCUUCGGGACCCGGCCCAAAGAGUCCUACAACGUCCACCUGGAGCUGCCGGCCAGGGUGGGCUUCAGCCGUGGCGACGGYGACGACCCCAAGAGGGACGGGCUCUUCUACAGCGUGGCCAGCAGCGAAGGGGCCUUGAAGCACCUCUACCAGGCGAGCAACGUGAUGGUGCCCGGCGUGUGGGUGUUCCGCAUCGGCAGCGCGUCGCCRCUGCCCAACGUGGUGCCGGCGGGCGGCGGGCGGCGCGCGGGCGCCUGGGCGCAUGGCCAGGACGAGCCGGCGGCGCCCGGAGCGCCCAGUGGGGCCGAGCCCGCCGAGGGUCUCCUGGAGCCCCCUGAGGAGCAGGAGGGCGGCCCGGAGGCCGGCGAGGCCGCGCGGAGCCUCCCGGCCGGCCCGAGCUCGCACCGCUACGGGCAGCACGGUGUGCGCGUGGAGGAGGACGUGAGCGCCAGCGCGGACGUGUUCACCUACAGCGCGGCGGGCGAGGAGCCGUGCGAGGRGCCCGAGGGGCGCUGCUCGCCGCACGCCGUCUGCGCCCGCUACGCCAGCGGCUCCUGCUGCCGCUGCCGCGACGCCUACUACGGCAACGGGCGGCACUGCCUGCCCGAAGGGGCCGUGCACCGCCUCAACGAGGAGGAGCAGCAGAGGCUCGURCACCCCUGCCAGGAUGGCACCCAUGGGUGCCACCCUGUUGCCCGCUGCCAGCCCGGUUUGGGGACCGACUAUGUGUGCGAGUGUCCAGCUGGCUAUGGUGGUGACGGCCGGCGCUGUGACGACGUGGACGAGUGCACCGCCAGCCCCUGUCACCCAGCGGCCACCUGCACCAACAGCCCCGGCUCCUUCUCCUGCCGCUGCGCGCCCGGCUACGAGGGCGACGGCUUCCGCUGCACGCCGGAGCCCACGGAGCGGGCGCGGACGCUGUGCGAGCGCUGGCGGCAGAGCCUGCUGGAGCACUACGGCGGCAGCGCCCGCGGCGACCAGUACGUGCCGCAGUGCGAGCCCCACGGCGCCUUCGCGCCCCGCCAGUGCCACGGCGACAGCGGCUACUGCUGGUGCGUGGACGAGAGCGGCCGCGAGGUGCAGGGCACCCGCUCGCAGCCCGGCAGCCCCCCGCCAUGUGUGCCCAGCGCCGCGCCGCCCAGCGCCCGGCCCUCGCCGCGGCCCGACGUGUCGCCACCGCCCGCCGGCACCUUCCUGCUCUACGCGCAGGGACAGCAGAUCGGCUACCUGCCGCUCAAUGGCACGCGGCUGCGCAAGGAGGCGGCCCGGACGCUGCUCUCGCUGCACGGCUCCAUCGUGGUGGGCAUCGACUACGACUGCCGCGAGAAGACGCUCUACUGGACCGAUGUGGCCGGGCGCAGCAUCAGCCGGGCGAGCCUGGAGGCGGGCGCCGAGCCGGAGCCGGUCAUCAGCUCGGGGCUGCUGAGCCCCGAGGGGCUGGCUGUGGACCACCUGCGCCGCGCCGUGUUCUGGACCGACAGCGGCCUCGACAGGAUCGAGCGCGCGCGGCUCGACGGCUCCGAGCGCCGCGUGCUCUUCGACAGCGAGCUCGUCAACCCGCGCGCCAUCGCCGUGGACCCCGUGCGCGGGAACCUUUACUGGACCGACUGGAACCGCGAAGCACCCAAAAUCGAAACCUCCACGGUGACGGGCGCCAACCGGCGCGUGCUGGUGGACAAGGACAUCGGGCUGCCCAACGGGCUCACGUUCGACCCCUUCUCCAAGCUGCUCUGUUGGGCAGACGCAGGAACGAAGCACCUGGAGUGCGCGCUCCCCGACGGAACAGGCCGGCACGUGGUGCAGAGCAACCUCAACUACCCGUUCAGCAUCGUGAGCUACGCGGAUCACUUCUACCACACGGACUGGCGCCGGGAUGGGGUGAUAGCCGUCAAUAAAGACACGGGCUCCUUUACGGAUGAGUAUCUCCCAGAGCAGCGAUCCCAUCUGUACGGAAUAACUGCAGUUUAUCCCUAUUGCCCUGGAGCAAGAAAAUAGUAACUACUACUACAAGCAACAACGAUCUCUAUAACCAGAAGAACGUGAGACCCAGAAAAUUCUCCCUGCAUAGAGCUAAGGGGAAAAACCCUUAACGAAGGCCAACSAAGUGACCUACUUUCCUGCAAAUGAUUAUCAGCUAUUUUUGAAGUUAUACCUCAAGUCUGUACUACUGUAUUUUUUUUUUAAAUGAAAAGCAUUGAUAUAUUACAGAAAAUGGUCCUGGGAAUCUUAGGCCAUCGCUCUAACUUUUGCUUAUGCAAGCAAAUUUAAAACAUAGCUGUCUUGAUGAAAUGGUUGACUUUAUCGGAAGAAAAGUGGCUUAAUUUUUUAAAGCUUGACAAUCUGACCAACUGGUCUUUUUUAACCAAAAAAAAAGAGCAUAUGGAAAGCUUUGGGUGCAGUAUCAUGCUGGGUCUGAAUAAUCCACAGCCCUGAAGACAGAGACUGUAUGUGCAGAAGCACGCAGAACAGUUACGUGACAUGGCAAAAAUAUCAUUUUUUUCCAGAAGACAACUCAGUAUUUUCAGCACUGCCUCAAUGCAUGUCUUUUAGUAUUUAUAUUAGAAGAAUAAGCUAGAAUUAAUCUGUUCAUGCUUGCCUUUUUAAGUGCCUGCAUAGACCUACCCACUGUAGACCAAUACAUGUUCAGCAGUACCAUUUAAGUUGUAAUGCUUCACUUUUUUUU